AUGGCUGCUGCUGCUUCCGGGCAACAGCAUCAUGCAGCGGCAGGAGGACCGUCACGACCGCCAUUGUUCCAAUUCCAGGGGCAGCAGAAGCAGCAGCAGCAGCAUGGCCCGCCAAAUGCCUCCGUCUAUAGCGACGACGGCCAGCAGAGCGGCGACGAUGACGACGACGACGACGACGACAAUAACCACGCUAAUGACCAGGUGCUUCCUAAUGGCAAGCGAAAGAGACCUCUUUCUGUCUCGCAUCUUGUGAACCUCUACUUCAAUUUCAAUUACAAUCGUGGUGUAGUGUUGUAUCGGCCAAUGAAACUAACCAGGGAUUACAAGGUAAAAUGCGACCGCGGUCAACCAGCCUGCGGGUGGUGUAGUAGAAAUACAGUUGUGUGCGAGUACAAAGAACGAAAGAAGCCCGGCCUUAGAGCAGGCUAUGGCCGCGAGUUAGAGCAACGUCUCGACAAUCUCGAAGCAGAACUCAAAAGACACGCCGACAUCUUAGCGGCACACGGACUCGACCUCAACACGAGCCCGGGGAGUGUCCACAGUCGUGCUACCCUCAGCAUCAAUGCCAACAACAGAAAUAACCAUGCGCCAUCAGGCCAUCGGAGCACACCGAGCCUGCCGAGCAACGGCCACGGCACACCGCGCGAUACAGGACCCCCUCCGGUCUUCGCUCACGCCGGCCCAGAUUCGGCUGAGAGGGCUCUAUUCAUGCACAAGCCCCCGACUUCAGCCGACUUCAGUCUGGGCCCUCACACUCCAGCCAUUGUCCAUGACAACUUCCAGCACGUGGCAACUCCCCAGCCUCGUAUGCAGCCGGCCAUGACCCCUAGUGCGGCUGUUCAAGAGUACUAUGGUGCCCCCCGAGCCGUCUCCCAUCAGAUGGCGGGUCCGUCGCUAACAACAGCCGUUUUGCCGGCCACGCAAGGGCAAGGAGGCGCUGAACAGGAGCUUCCGCCGUAUGGCGUUUGUUACGCUCUCAUGGAGCUAUACUUCAAGCACAUCCACCCAUGGUGUCCAAUCCUGAACCGUGAGACCACAAAAGAUCUGUUUUUUGGAGAGAGAAUCCCGAACGAGGAAGAAAAGAUCCUGCUACAUGCCAUUGUUGCUACAGCCAUGAGAUUUGCAACUGACAAGAUGCUCCCCAAGGAGAGUCGGCAGCGUUUCUACACGGCCUCGAAGCAGCGUGUUUUACUCUAUGGAAUGGAACAUUCGUCCGUCAUGUCUCUGCAAGCCCUGGUGAUCCUUGCGCUGGAUCUAUGCGGUAGUAGCAACGGGCCCCCAGGAUGGAACAUCAUGGCUCUCAUCACUCGAGGGGUGGUGCAGCUUGGCUUGGCCGUCGAGACGAACUCCAUGACAGUUUGUCCAAGCUAUCCCUCAAUCUACACUCUUCGCGCCAUGGUCCUUCCAGAACCACGCGACUUCGCCGAGGAGGAGACCCGCAGAAGGUUGUUCUGGAUGGUAUAUGUGCUCGAUCGCUACGCUACCAUUUCCACGGCGUUCGACUUUGCCCUUGAUGACAAGGAAAUUGACCGGAUCCUUCCAUGCCGCGACGAAUUGUGGAUCAAGAAUCAGAAAGUUGAGACUCGAUGGUUCCACGCCGCUGACGAUGAUAGUCGACUCAACAGCAACAGCUCCGCCGACUACCAAGUCAACAAGCCCGAGAAUCUUGGUGCCUUCAGCUACUAUAUCGAGAUCCUGGGUAUUCUCUCCAAGAUCCACAAGUUCCUCAAGCAGCCCGUCGACAUCUCGUCUCUCACCGAUGUUGAAAAUUGGCAGCACCGCUAUCGAGAACUGGACACAAUGCUCAAGGUGUGGAAAUUCGAGCUCCCCGAUGACUACAGCAACAUGGCCAAGAUCUAUGAGCACCCCAGGGUUGCCCGUACUCUAAGCUGCGCCUGGAUCAUGCUCCAUGCGACCUACCACACCGCCGUCAUUCGUCUGCACUCGUCAGCCGCAUACCCCACCGUCCGUUCACCCAUCUUCUCUCCCUCCUACAUGGCCUCUCAGACCUGCCGCGACACAGUCAAUAAUAUCCUUGCCCUGGGUAAAUUCGUCGUCGAAUACAACUUGCUCUCCACACUUGGCCCCCCCUUUGCGUUCACGCUCUGGGUUGCUGCCCGCGUUCUACUGGUCCACGGCAGCACCGUUGAGCGCAGCCUCAACCCGGAUAUCCAGUUCUUUGUUGACACCCUGCGCGAAAUGGGCAAGUACUGGCCCGUAGCCACGCGCUACUCCAAUCUCCUGACACGGGUGCUAGACGAAUACAAGGCCAGCGUGAGCGAGGGCGACGAGGUGACACCCAGUAGCGUGCGGAUUCUGGCGGACAUGCGACGGACCGCAUUCGAUUUGGACCUGUUGAUCAGUCGCCAGCCUAGGCAUGGCUCGCGGCAAUACGGAGCUUUGACCGGUACCGCGGCCGGAAACAGUUUGAUGAGCACAGGCGUCAUGAUGCCUGUCAACAAUAACAGUAACGGGCAUUUUGCUACGGGAGCAGAAGGAGGAACAGCAGGAGGGGGAGGAGGGGGAGCCAACGACCUGGAAUAUCUCGAUGUUUUUGACUUCUUCAACAUGCCCAGGUUUCCUCUGUCAGCCAUUGCCCCAGCACAGAAUGCUAGCGGGACUGAAAUGAACCAGAACCACAGUGUGGGCCAGGGACAUGGUAUGGAGGGAAUCGGCGGCGGAAGAGGACUAAUUGAUGAUGGCGGAAGUGGUAGCAAGCAACAGCCAGGCCAAGGCAUAGGCAGCGAUGUCAUGCAUGGCUCGGCAAUGGGAGGAGGAGGAUCGGCACAGGGAGUGGGGCGGUUCAAUAUCAUGGACUUUACGGUGUAUCCUGAGCGCGAUUGGCUUGAGAAUCCUCGCGGUUCUUCUUGGGUCGAUGCUACAGGAGGAAGGCCUGAGCAAGGCAUUGGUGCUAGUGGCCCUAAGACAAGAACUGGGACUAGAAGUGCGGAAGGCGCUGGGGCUACUCUUUAGGACCAGGAGCGCCCCCAGAACCCUCAACCCCCGCGUCGGACAGGAAGGAAAAGGAAAUACAAGAGGGUGGUUUGCAUCCGAUGUAAUCGGUCGAAAUAGAAGGU